AAAUGCUUGAUAAUCUGUGAUAGCUGAAAAUUUGUCGCUUGUCGGUGUAAAUUGUCAAAAAAUAUCAUUUUUUCCAAAUUAUUUUGAUAAUGGUGCAUAAAACAAUCUAAUUGUACUUGCAAAUUCAAAAUUUCAGUCCGAUAUCCAAGUGUAAUUAAACAGUUUCGUUACAAUGGAGUCAGAGUCCGUUUUCUCCGGUGAUGUUGCGGAUGGCGCGGAAGUGUCGCCUCUAGCCGACAUCCAACCCUCUGAAACUUCUGCUGAAGUUGAAGAUGAUGCUACAAAUGAUGGAGCAGACUUUGUAACAGGAGAAGAGGCAGUUGCAAAUGGUGCUGCCCCCACCAGUAGUAGUGACGCUGUAGAGGCUGCCUCUGAUGCUGCUGUCGGCCUUCCUUCUCUUGAUGAUGAAGGAAAUGCUGAGGCAGAUGCAGAAGAAAUGGACAUUGAUGAGACGGCUGGCGGGGGGUCGGCGGACGAGUCUGCCUACAUCGGAGACAACUGUAUAUCUACACCUGCACUAACGGAAGAUAACUCUCCGCAAGACGAAGAGCAUCUGGACUCUCUAGUGAAAGAUGAGUUGUUGGAGGAAGCAGGCGGCGCUCAGGAGGAGUCUCCCGACCAGUCCAUCAGCUCCGCCAUGCCUAUUGACAGCGGCAUCGGAGAUGGAGCUGCUAUUGUACAAGAUGAUGAGUCAAGCACAAUGGACGAGGACAUGGGUGGCGGAGAGGGCGUGGCCAGCAGUGAUGACGUCAACGACAUCAGCAGCGCCGCGCAGGAGACACUCAGCACUGGCAUCAGUUCUAGUACGGCGGAGAGUGGCGCCGACAUAUCCAGCAGUGGGCAGCACGAGGCCGCGCUCAUCUCGUCCACCGCCAACGGGCCCGCCACCCUACAUUCCUUCUCUCUACCACAGCUGCAGCCGUCCAAUGAGUUUGGCGAUGCAGACACAUCGGAGAUGGAGGGCGCGGCGGACACGAUGCCCUCCGUCAGUGAAUCUCUGCCGCUGCUCGCGUUGGCGGCCAACGGAUCUGCCCUGCUGUCGCCCAGUUUGCUACAAGAGGAAGGCGGCGGCGGCGGCGUCUCUUCUUCAGGCGGUGCGGCGGGCGCGGUGGAGGGCGAGGGCGCGGUCAGCAGCUCGGGCGCCGCGCCGCUGCCGCCCACGGACGCCGCGCACGCGCUCGCGACACUGGCCAGCGCCGCGCUGCAUCAUCAGGAACAGGGGGAGCCUGAAGAUAUAAAGCCGAUAAUAAACGACGAAGAUACUUGGUACACAGUUGGCAUCGUAAAUGGCACCACGUUCACGGUACAAAACUACAUAUCGGAUCCCAACGUGGACCUGUCGGGUCUCUCGCUGGACAACCUGCCGGAGCUGUCGGGGCUGCCCACCACGCCGCUGGAGCACGGCACUGCAUACAAGUUCCGCGUGGCUGCCAUCAACUCGUGCGGCCGCGGGGACUUCAGCGAGGAAUCCGCGUUCAAGACGUGCCUGCCCGGCUUCCCCGGCGCGCCGUCCGCGAUCAAGAUCUCCAAGUCGGUGGAGGGCGCGCACCUCUCGUGGGAGCCCCCUCAAGUCGCCGCCGAGGGCAUCUUCGAGUACUCCGUGUACCUCGCCGUGCGCUCCAAUACGCAGCCUAAGGAGACCUCAAAGUCGCAACUAGCGUUCGUGCGCGUUUACUGCGGCAAGGCGAACACGUGCGUGGUGCCGCAGUCGUCGCUGGGCGCGGCGCACGUCGACUCCUCCACCAAGCCCGCCAUCAUCUUCCGCAUCGCGGCGCGCAACGAGAAGGGCUACGGGCCCGCCACGCAAGUCAGGUGGCUCCAGGAUAUAAAAUCAACGGGUGUAAAGAGGACGGGCGACGGCCGGUUGCCGGGCGCGUCGCCGUCCAAGCAAGCCAAGCAAAUACUGCAGUAAGACGCGAAGGUAACACUUCUCAUUAUCUCUCCAACUUGACGUCACCUAGUUGUACUGUGUACAGGGCGGCGAGCGAAACUAAAAGUUAUUUACUAAGUACCACGAGUAAUGUUGCUAACCACUAUCAAAUAUUGUGCAAAGAAUAUCUCCUCUUAUACCUACCUGUUUCGAAAUAAUUUAUGAAUUUUAAUGUAAACGUUUUUGACCGAAUGUAAACAGCUGUUGUUAAUGGAUAUUUUAAUCAGAUAUAGAAUGUGCUACUCGGGUGUGUCUUUUAGUAUCAAAUGACUGAUUAAGAUGAAAUGUUAAUAAGUAUUUUAAAUAUUGAAUGGGAUGCAAGUAUAUACUUAAGUGUAACAAAAUGUAAAGAGAUCGUAUUUGCAAGAAUAAACUUGAAUGUUGACUUCA